GCCGCAUUAGCUGCCAAGGAGAUGCAACGUAUAGAGCGAGAGAUACAGGAAGGGGGCUGGUGAAGGUUGGAACAGCUUUCCUGCCCUCAUAUUAAAAUAAAGAAAUAUACUAUUUAGAGAUAUACAGAUUAUAUAUACAUAUAUGAAAAUAUAUAUUUAAAUAAUUUAUUUUUAUAAAGGUGCACGAAGACACGGAAAUGGCGCAGUCGGACCACAAGAAAUUUUUUGAGAACCUCUCCGGUGCGGGAAAGGCUAUCGGUGUUUUGACAAGCGGAGGAGAUGCCCAAGGUAUGAAUGCAGCAGUGAGAGCAGUUGUGCGUAUGGGAAUCUAUGUGGGAGCUAAAGUCUAUUUUGUUCAUGAGGGUUAUCAAGGUAUGGUGGAUGGAGGUGAUAAUAUUGAAGAAGCAACAUGGGAAAGUGUUUCUAGUAUGUUACAAGUGGGAGGAACAGUGAUUGGCAGUGCACGCUGCAAAGAGUUUCGUACCCAUGAAGGUCGCCUGAAGGCUGCCUAUAAUCUGGUGCAAAGAGGCAUUACUAACCUGUGUGUGAUUGGUGGAGACGGAAGCUUGACAGGUGCAAACUUGUUUCGAGAGGAGUGGAGUGGUCUUCUUGAUGAACUUCUCCAGGCGGGAAAAAUCGACAAUGAAGCCGUUCUGAAGUACUCACAUUUGAACAUUGUGGGAAUGGUAGGAUCCAUUGAUAAUGAUUUCUGUGGAACAGACAUGACGAUUGGCACAGACUCUGCUCUGCACCGGAUCAUUGAGGUUGUAGAUGCAAUCAUGACAACUGCACAGAGCCACCAAAGGACAUUUGUUUUGGAAGUUAUGGGAAGACACUGUGGGUACUUGGCACUUGUUAGUGCAUUAGCUUGUGGGGCAGAUUGGGUUUUUAUUCCGGAAAUGCCACCAGCAGACGGAUGGGAGGAGCUGAUGUGUACAAAACUAUCAGAGAGCCGUUCUCGUGGUUCACGGUUGAACAUUAUCAUAGUUGCUGAAGGAGCCAUUGACAGACAUGGGAAAGCUAUUACUUCUAAUAUUGUCAAAGAUCUGGUUGUGAAAUGUCUGGGUUUUGAUACCCGGGUGACAAUCCUUGGACAUGUGCAAAGAGGAGGGACCCCUUCUGCUUUUGACAGGAUUUUGGCUAGUAGAAUGGGCGUUGAAGCAGUCCUUGCACUGCUAGAAGCUUCACCAGAUACUCCAGCCUGUGUUGUCUCACUUUGUGGAAACCAGUCAGUGCGGCUGCCACUCAUGGAGUGUGUGCAGAUGACUCAAGAAGUACAGAAAGCCAUGGAUGAAGGGAAGUUUGAAGAAGCUGUCCGUCUACGCGGAAGGAGUUUUGAGAACAACUUGAAUACUUACAAACUACUUGCACACCGGAAACCCCAGUCUGAGCUUCCACAUGAUGAGGCCCUAUGUAGAAGCAGUUUCAAUGUGGCAGUGCUGAAUGUUGGAGCACCUGCCGCUGGUAUGAAUGCGGCUGUCCGCUCAGCAGUAAGAGUGGGCAUUACAGAAGGACACAAGAUGUUUGCUGUGAAUGAUGGCUUUGAAGGAUUUUCUAGAGGACAGAUAAAAGAGAUUAACUGGGGAGAUGUAGGUGGCUGGACUGGUCAAGGUGGAUCUCUGCUGGGCACAAAACGAACUCUUCCAGCAAAGUAUAUUGAAAAAAUCGCUGAACAAAUGCGAAUAAAUAACAUUAAUGCCUUGUUAGUGAUUGGUGGAUUUGAGGCCUACCUGGGACUCUCGGAACUGUUAGCCGCACGUGGGAAAUAUGACGAGUUCUGUGUCCCCAUGGUUAUGGUCCCCGCUACAGUCUCCAACAAUGUGCCUGGUUCAGAUUUCAGCAUUGGUGCAGAUACAGCUCUGAACGCUAUUACUGAUACCUGUGACCGCAUUAAGCAGUCCGCCAGUGGCACAAAGAGACGUGUGUUCAUCAUUGAGACGAUGGGAGGAUACUGUGGCUACUUGGCUAGUGUGGGUGGUCUAGCAGCAGGUGCUGAUGCUGCGUACAUCUUUGAGGAGCCCUUUGAUAUCAGAGAUCUCCAGUCCAAUGUGGAGCACUUAACAGAAAAAAUGAAAACAAGUAUUCAGCGAGGCCUGGUGCUGAGAAAUGAGAAUUCAAAUGAAAACUACACAACAGACUUCAUCUAUCAGUUGUACUCCGAGGAGGGAAAGGGGGUGUUUGAUUGCAGAAAGAAUGUUCUUGGACACAUGCAACAGGGUGGUUCACCUUCACCAUUUGAUAGAAACUUUGGAACCAAGAUAGCAGCUAAAGCAAUGCUGUGGAUUUCUCGCAAGCUUAAGGAAACCUACAGACAAGAUGAAGGGAGAGUGUUUGCUAAUACAGAGGACUCAGUGUGCUUGCUGGGAAUGCAUCGGCGUGCCCUUAUCUUCCAGCCAGUUGUUCAGCUUAAGGAAGAGACGGACUUUGUGCACAGAAUUCCUAACGAACAAUGGUGGCUAAAGCUACGCCCACUGAUGAAGAUUUUGGCCAAGUACAAGACAAGCUACGAUGUGUCCGAUUCUGGGCAGCUUGAGCACGUAGUACGCAACAGAUCCAAAGAGACUGAGAAUGUAGCAAUCUGAUGGGACAUACCUCUGUCAUAGUCACUGUAGGUCAGUUUGUUUUUUCCACCAAAUUGAAAAGUGUGCUAAGCCUUCUCCUAAAUUAUGAUUUAAGUUAUUUUACCAGCACUUUAUGUGAAACAAGGGUUCCUGUCAACAAGUAUUUGACCUUCAUUAGUGUGCCUGGAGAGAAGAAAGUCCAGAAGAGAGCAGCAAUGAUUUGCUAAACAAAGGAAUGUCACGUUCUGCUUGAUACAUAAAGUUAUCCGCUUGUCUCCAUACACUUGUGUUGCUUAGUAUAAAUACAUAUAUAUAUUUAUUAUAUAUGUAUGUGUAAUUGCACUUUGUUAACAUCUAUAGUCUCUGUAUUACAUCCAAAUAAAACUAGCGAGCUGUGUGAAACGUUUGUGUUUGUGAGACCAAUGCAAUAAAUAAAUUUGCAAUCUGACUCAUUUUU